AAGUUUUAAAAGGAUUCUAUGGAUUUUGAAAAUUUCAAGAUCCCGGAUCUACCAAAACUUGAUAUUUCUUGUCAAGCUCAAAUUUGGUAUCUUCUCUAAGGGAAAUAUGCACAGAAAGUGAUAUGAGGAAAGGGAUAUCUAAAAUAAAAAAUAAAUCUAACUCUGUAUCUCUUCUAGAAGUGAAAGGAAGUUGGUCGGAAUCGACUGUGUUGUUUCUUCAUUAGAACAAUAUGCCUUUUUAAACAGUUGUAUUAGAAUACUUUUUUCCCAUGACCAAGGAGGAAUGCAUUUUGGAAGAGGAGGAAUCGAUUCUGAGGAUUGAAGAGGCGAUGCACGAGACGAGUCAAUAGCUUGUCUUCGUUGUAAAUGAAAGGACACCAUCGACCAAAAACGUUUCCAAUUCCAUCCAUAGUUAGCUUCUACUACCUCCGUUACAACUUCUGAAAAUCUUUCUUUUGAAACGAUGCCGUCAUCCAGCAAAUCCCGAAGGGACGCAGACGUUGCCUCAUACUGUUUUUGAAGAGCCAAAUGCAUUUGUAAGAUGCAGGAAGCAUUGCACCAAUUAUGAUUGAUGGAUAGUGUAGUGCCAAUGUUCAAUACUUGAUGGUACCAUCCACUGGGGACGAAGACUGUUUGGCCUGGAAACUGAAACAAAAUCCGCAAAUUCCCACGAAUUUCUUUGAAAGAUUCCUCCUCGAGAAGGCUUCGUUGGGAGAUCCAGGAUGGCAACCCUUCAUCCUCGAAUUUACUUUGAAGAUACUCUGCAUCGGACGGAGCAAUGAAAAUCCAGCAUUUUACACCGCAUAAGUUGACGGACACGGAGUGGCUUUCAUAUACAUCUUUAUGCAAAGGUGUUGUUGUUAAAUGACUCCCAAUGUAGGCAAAACGAAAAUCAUCAUUUUCUUGGUGAAUUGUGUAUGCAUUGAGCCAAUCAUCCACAAACAAAUCAGGCGUUUCGUAAGGUAUAGGGAUAGAUGGAUUCCGAAAUAAAUGCAUAUCUUUGGGAUAUAUACUUUUUAAAUUGCAAGAGUCUUCGGAUGUUGGCAAUGACAUUGAUCGCAACAUCUCGUCCUCUUCUUGAAGUUUUUGCAGCGCUUUCCCGAGUUGAACAGUUUCACGCUUUUGACCGCCGUACUUGUCUUUUUGAGUACAAUAUGCCAAGGGUACCUCAACUUCCCCGUACACUUGCUUUAGGUGCACAUAGUUGGGAGAAAGUAACAAAUCCUGAAGAGCUUCCUCUUCAUUAGUAUAAUACUGUUUACUAGCUUCCAAUAAGCAUUCCCAUAAAUUAUCCGAAAAAAGGUCGUUAUGCGAAACAGCUUUAGACCGAAGAAACUCAAGCCCCUUUGGUAACUGUCUUUCUUCACGAUUUUCAAAAAUGUCCUGUUGAGAUCGAUGAACCCACCUUUUUCGAGCCUCCCAAUUUGCAGUCAAAUUUUUUCCAAUCAACACAGGAACACAUGGUUUUAAGUAUCUCUCUAAAAACGUUGAAUAUGGACAAUCCUCAAUAUACUCGAUAGGAUUCAACUUGUACAUCAUAGCUGGACCGACCUCAGCAAACCAGAUGAACAACCCCGUCUUAUAGUUGCUUGUGGUAGUACGCAAGUGGUAUAAAUGAACCGAUCUUUUUGCUAAUCGUCAAGGGCCCUUGAAAACGCUACAGCAAUGUGCAAAGGAAGAGCUUUUGAUUUUUUAUCUUUGUUACUAGCUGAUUCUCCGACUUUAAAUUUCGUUUACAAUCAGAUUUUUGAAGCCCAAAAAUAAAGAAAAGCAAAUAUCUACGAAAGCGAAUACUUUUUAAAAAUGUUUAUUAAUCAUACAGGUGAUUUUAAACUGCAAAAAUUUCGAAGCUGAAAAAAAAUAAACUUUCGUUAAAGCUAAGCUUGUUGUUUCAAUGAGGUAUUUGGUACCUGGGGCAGAUUCGCCAAUUGUUCGCGAAUAUGACGUACAGUUCAAUUGGGAAUAUCGAGAUUUGAUGCAAAAGUUUAAGAAGCAAUAAAGAGACAGGCGUCGUCGGCGGAACCAGACGUAUGAAUCAUAAGUGGAUGUGGCGAUCGAACUGAUAACACAGUUAAACAAUUGACAUUGAUGGAAUUGCUUCGUCAUUGUUCCUACAUGAAAGGUAUAUAUGGGAACGUUCCAUCAUGCUAAAGAUUAACGACAAAGUUUAACUUAACACAUAAUGAGUUCUUUUACAGGAAAGUCAAGUGAAAUGGCCUCAAAGGCCAAAAAGUACAUGUCAAGCCCAGGUUCUGUUCAGAACACAGACCAAAACUUUAGUAACCAAGAGCAAACUAGAAGCGGCGGAAACUUUGACAACCGUUUUUCAGAUGAGGAACGUGGUUAUAGCAAUGCUGAUCAAAGUGCAGCUCCCGAGUAUUCUCACCCCUCUCAAGGAGAUCCUUACAGCGGACAAACAGCUGACACCAAGCGUGGCUUCUCUUCUCAAAGAAGUGGUGGUAGAACCGAUUACGGUAACCCUCGUCAAUCUCAAGGUUACACACAGAGUACUGAAUAUGGCGGUGACCAAGGUGAAGAUUAUGGUCGAAAUUACGGAGGUAGUGGUGGCUCUUAUGGAUCCACUGGUGGUGCUUCUGCAGGUGAUUACGGUACUUCUGGUGACUACAGUACUUCUGGUGACUAUGGUGGCGGAAAUCGCACAAGCACCUAUAAUGCUGGUAAUCAGGAUGUUUAUAACAGAACCAGCUCUUUGGGUGAUGAAAAUCAAUAUGGCCGUACCCAAUCUACCAGCGGAGCUAGUCAAGGUAAUUACAAUACAACUGGAGACGAGGCCAGUUACCAAACUUCUGGAAACCAAGGCAAGUACGCUCAAUCAGGCAACUUGGGCGAAGAAGGUCAAUACGGAUCUAGGGCUACCCAACACCAACCUUCUAGUGGAUCCAAAUCUGAAGGUUACAAUGCCGGUAGAUACACGACGGAUCCCAAUGCUGCCUCUAGCAGGGCAGGAGGUGCUGACCAAGCUGGUCAAAACUUGACACAGAGCGGUGGUCAGAGAGUAAAUCAAGCUGAAUCCACUGGCCGACAUGGCGUUCAAGGUACUAAAUCGCAGGCCCAAGAUUUGGGCAAUGAAGCGCAACAGCAUGCUUCAUUUACCUCGAAAAUGAAGGGAAGCAUGGAGAAGAUGUUUGGUAAAAUGACUCGCGAUGAAGAACUAGUCCAAAAAGGCGAGAAUAUGAAGACCGGCGGCGGUGGGCGCUUGUAAAUGUUUUCAUAAUCGAUACCAUUAAUGCUGAUGAUAACGUUAUGUCUCUGAAAAGUUUAUGACAAAAAGGUGAAAAUGAUUUUUUUUUAAUUUGUAAAAAGAGAGAUUGUAUGUAUGAAAACAAUUGGAAAUGAAAUGUUUUUGGAUGAAUUAUAAA